GCGAAGAGGACUUUGUAGGAGGAGGAGGUGAUCACUGCUGCAUCUUACCUCGAGGGUAAGACAGCCAAAUGGCUAGAUGGUUUAGUUGCAAAGGCCGGGUAGGGACGACGCAUGGCGGACUAGGCUAGGACAAUCACAUUAGACCAGUUAAUGGAGAUGGUAGAAGCUCGAUGGCACAAUCCACAACAGGCGCAAAUGACCACUGAUGCGAUGCACAAACUUGAACAACGAAAGUUCAAGUCGGUCAGAGAGCUUACGACUACCGUUGAGAGCCUUAUCGUCAUCCCUGGCAUCAACUAUGAUAACCAAUUCCUGUUGACCACAUUUGUAAGAUGUCUUCCAGAGAACCUCAGGAACUUGGUGGCCAGCGAGGCUCGCCUCGAGUAUCACUCUUUUGAGACAUUGUCUAGAAAAGCCUUAGACUUAGAGGUCACUCUAGGGAAUGCUAAACCUACUCAGAAUGACUCAAAGAAGAAGAAGAGUCCGCAGGAAUGGAAGAAGAAAGGGGCUAAAUUGAUGAUGGUUGAGUCCAAUGGGACUCAAACAGAGAUCGAUGAGCUCACAGACCUGUUGGACGCUUUAGAGUACGACGGCGAGGAGAUCGUUGAGGGUAGCACCCUCGCCGCAGUAGUCAAGGCUAAGGCUGGUGGCCGAUUGAAGGGCCAUCAAAAGAGUCAAGGGAAGGCCGCCUCCAAUCAGACCAAAGUUGCUGAUCGGGUAAAGGCAGGUCUUGAUCAGGAAGUGUGGCGGGACCGCAAAGUGCGUGGUGCUUGUAUUAACUGUGACUGGAGUGAUGAGUGCGAGGGUGCUUUCAAGCUAUUGAAGCAUGCACUCAUGAAUCAUGAAGUUCUCAUGGUUUCCGAUCCUCAGAAGCCGUUCAUAGUGACCACUGACGCAAGCCAAUACGGCAUUGGCGCAGUGCUGACUCAACAGGAUGAGAAGAAGUUGAGACCGAUUGAGUACAUGAGCAAGAAAAUGUCAUCGAAGAAACUGGCAAAGUCCACCUACGAAAGGGAACUCUAUGCUCUCUACAAGGCACUUGUCCAUUGGAGACACUUUCUGUUGGGACGGUUCUUCUACUUGAGAACUGACCAUCAGACGCUCAAAUGGAUUAAGACUCAACCGGCUCUUUCUGAUGCACUCAAGUGCUAGAUUGAGGUCAUAGAUCAAUAUGACUUCAAGCUGGAGUAUCUAAAGGGAGAGUACAACAAGGUUGCUGAUGCGCUAUCUCGUAG